UACUGUAGCUAGGUUAUUACCGUGAUGGCUAGACGCUUAUUUUCUCGAAUAAUAUUGUGCUCUGCCCAACGAGUAAAGCCCAGACUUUUUGGAAUCAACCAUAAAAGAAACCUCAGCAGAAAUGACGUCCCUGUCAAAGAAAUCCAAAUACCGGUGGAAUAUGGCCAUAUAGCAGCAAAGCUAUGGGGCACUGGAUCCGAAAGGCCGAUUUUGGCGCUCCAUGGAUGGCAAGACAACGCGGGUACUUGGGACCCGCUGAUUCCGAUGCUUUACAAUGAAAUGAACAACAACAGACCCAUCUUGGCAAUUGAUCUCCCCGGCCACGGCAAAUCGUCUUGGAUUCCCUCUGGAUUACACUACUAUCCUUGGGAGUAUCCCCAAGUCAUACUGUACCUGAAAGAAUAUUUCAAAUGGGACAAAGUAUCGAUUUUGGCUCACUCCAUGGGGUCCAUUGCAGGCUUCCGUUAUUCUUGCGUUUAUCCUGACGACACAGAUUUUUACAUCGCGGUGGAUCACCUUAUACACGACGAUUAUAAUUUAGACUCUGUAGUUGGAAAAUACUCAGUAUAUUUCAAGAAAAAUUACAUUGCGGUGAAUCGAUUACAUGAGGAACCACCAGCUUACACCUGGGACGAAAUGAUCAAAAUAUGGCAUUUUGGUACGAAGAAAAGUGUGAACUUAGAAACGGUCCCUUAUCUUCUACAAAGAGGAGCUAAGGAAUCAUCGAAGAACCCGCAGAAGUAUUAUUUCUCGCGGGACCCCCGACUGAAGUACGUAUUGUUCAAUCCGGAAGACAAGAAGUUCGUAGAAGCUCUGGCACUGAGGUUGAAAUGCCCGACGCUAUACCUUAAAGCCACAGAUUCACCAUAUGCGUCAGACUCGUUCUCUGUAGGAAUGCGAGAACUGAUUGAGAAUAAUCAUUCUAAAUUUGAAGCGCAUUUCGUACCUGGUACUCAUCACGUACAUCUUAAUAACCCUGAUGUGAUACUACCUCCAAUCAUAAGUUUCUUAAGAAAAUAUAAUUUCUUGAGAUAGACACAUAAGUUAGUAAACAACAAACCUCAAAGCGUUACUUAAUGAAGCAAUGUUUAGGUGUAGAUACAUACCGCGUAUUUUAAAAUAAAUUAUUUAUUA